UUGGAUCUGAUCACUCUUGAAAAGUCAACAAAAGAAACUAAACUAAUUGCAAUGGUAAUGUAAACAUUUAGCAGUAAUCAAAUUCCUAGUUGAUAAUCUAUCACAUACUCCAUAAUGACUUAGAAAGUCAACCACACAAGCAAACUACUGCCAAUUCCAUCUAUCAUCUCAAAACUAAACAAAAGAAACAAAUUUACAACACAAGUUUUUUCCUCUCUGCUGUAUAUGCAAUUUUGAAGUUUCAAAUUUCAACUAUGGGGAGAGCCUUACUCUCUACUUUCCUUCAUGACCUAUUACACAACCUUCUCCUCCUCACUUCCAAACCAUUCAUCAUAAAACCACCUAAAUAUCAGCGUAAACUCAUCGCUACACUUCGGAUGCUUGAUACUUUCAUCGAUGACACGGAAGAGAAGCAGUUUGCUACAAAAACCGGCCAAGUCCAAUUGGUAAAGGACUGGCUUAAAAAAUUACAAUAUGCUGUUUAUAGUUUAGAAGAGAUUAUAUGUCAGUGGCAGGUUACAACCACCACAACCACAUAUACCAAUUUGUUUGGAGUAUUCUCGAAAGUAAUCAAGCCAAACUCGGACUUAAAAAUUGAAAUCUGCGACAUCAUGAAUUUGUUAGUAGAUCUUGUUAAAAUGACUGAUGUUCUUGGCUUAACUCGACGUGUUACAUGGAAGGAAUCAUUACGCGGUAUGUUUUCGUGUUCUAUUGUUUUGGAUAACUAUUUCUAUGGAAACUAUCCAAAAGACUAUUUCUAUGGAAGAGAACAAGAAGAAAAAUCUAUGUUGGAAGUCUUGUUAUCAACAACUAGUGAACAGCAUGUCAAAGUGAUUAACAUAGAAGCCAAAGGUGGAGCUGGUAAAACUGCUUUUACUGAUGUAAUUUACUUCAAUCAUAAGGUGAGGGAGUGUUUUGAACUUAGAGCUUGGGUCAAUGUUCCUUACAAAGCUAAAGUUAGCUUUAUAGCUAAGAAGAUUCUUGAGGCAGUCACUGAGGAGUUUGUUCCGGGGAAUGAUUUACAUGAGCUGAGUAAGAAGUUGAAGGAAAGCUUUGAAGGGAAAAAAUUUCUGCUCGUGUUGGAUGAUAUCAGGAUUGAAGAUGAGGAUGCAACAAAGAAUUGGAACAUGCUUGUUGAUUCUUUAUUUGAAGCAGCAACAGGAGGGAGUGCCAUAAUCUUGACCUUGAAUCCUGAUGACGAUUCAUUGCUUGUGCCACAAGCUAAUCAUACCAUCCAUUUAGGUAUGCUAUCAUCAGAGAAUUCAUGGUCAAUUUUUUUGGUGCAUGCUUUUGGUCAAAUGGAUCUUAAUGAGUAUCCAGAACUAGUUGCAGUUGGAAAGGAAAUAGUCAACAGAUUGGGAAAUCUUCCCUUGGCAGCAAAAAUGAUAGGGAGCUUGUUGCAAGAUAAGGUACAUCUUAGUGAAUGGGUUGAUAUAUUGAGGAGCAAAUUAAUCGAUGAAGGUGAUGUGAAUCUACCAAUUCCUGCUUUUCUUGUGCUUUGUUACCUUGAUCUUCCCGCGGAGCUUAAACGUUGCUUUGCCUAUUUGUCAUUGUUUCCAAAGGGUUAUGAAUUCAAGCAGCAAGAGGUGGUUCUCUUGUGGAUGGCACAAGGCUUUCUGCAGAACUUAAACUCCAAAUCCAAUCACAAAAGCAUGGAAGACAUUGGUGAUGAGUAUUUUGGUUAUCUAAUGAUGAGGUCAUUCUUGCAACCUUUUGCUUCUGGUAUAAGUUUUACAAUGCAUAAUCUGGUUCAUGAUUUGGCUACCUAUGUGUUUGGAGAAUCAUAUAAUCAUCAUUUGUCGUAUUCUAGAACCACACACGAUUUCCCGGAAUCACUUUCGUAUAGAAAAGGAAAAUUGUUGAAAACCAUUUUGCCAGUAUGUUUGCCUCUUGAGCGAGCUCCUAGCCAUAUCCGCCCUUCGGUGUUGGAGGAUAUUACGUUGCAGUUGAAUCCUCAAUUCUUCCGAACCCUCUCUUUGUCUCACUAUGAUAUAACCAACUUGCCUAAUUCAGUUGGAAGAUUAAGUCAUCUUUGUUACCUCGACCUUUCUCACACUGCAUUGCAGACACUUCCAGAUUCCAUUUGCAAUCUCCUUAAUUUGCAGACACUUAGGUUGACAAACUGCAGUUCUCUCAAGAGUUUUCCUCCGAGAAUAUGCAAUUUGACAAACUUGCGUUGCCUUGAUGUCAGAGAUAGUGGUGUGCAAGAGAUGCCUUUGCAAAUGAACAAAAUGACAAGUCUUAGGACAUUGACUGAUUUCGUUGUAUCUGAAAAAGAGACAAGACUUGAAGGUUUAUCGAGUCUUUCCAAUCUCAAAACAUUGACCAUUUCGAAGCUAAAAAAUGUGGCGUUUGCUAUGGAUGCUUCAAAUGUCAAACUGAAAGAGAAAAAGAGCCUAGAUGAUCUUAUGCUUCAAUUUGGAAAUGUCGAAGAUGUCAAUGGAAAUGAAACGAAAGUGCUUGAGAAUCUAGAACCACAUAGAGGCUUAACAAGACUAACAGUUGAAUAUUACGGAGGUGUGAGAUUCCCAAAUUGGUUAGGUGAUCCAUCUUAUUGGUCAUUACAAUUAGUAGAUCUCCGGCAUUGUAAAAAUUGCGACUCAUUACCAACACUUGGUCAGCUUCCACUUCUUAAAGAUCUCUUUAUUGAGGGUUUCACUAAAGUUAGUACCAUAGGCCAUGAGUUUUACGGAACUAUGAGUGCUUCGCAUAAGCCAUUUCAGUCUUUAGAGACUUUGCAGUUUUGGGAUAUGUUGGAAUGGACAGAAUGGAAUAUAUUUGAAGGUGUUGAAUUCCCUUAUCUCAUUGAGCUUUAUAUUAUAAGGUGUCCCAAGCUAGAGAGAAAUUUACCGAAACAACUUCCUUCUUUACAGAAGUUGGAGAUUUCCGGAUGCCAUGACCUUGUUGCUCCACUUCCAAAAGUUUCGAAUACAUGUGAAGUGUUUGUUCAUGACAGUAAUGAAGCAUUGAUGAGAAAUGUUGCUAAAACUCACUCUCAAGCAUCAUUGCGCCGACAUGUUGUAAUUUCUGAAGAAGUACAGGAAAUCACCCCACAAUCUUAUUCUGGUUUUCCCAGCAAUAAGUACACUAUUGGCUCUUCUUUAGGUGAAAUCGAAGAAAUUGCUCAUGAGGAAAGGAUGGAAAUUGAAUUCCCGCGCAAUAGAUUACCUCCUAGCGUGCUCCGUCAUCAAGUUGAAACCGAUGAUAUUUCUAGAAUCAAAGAACAAACAGAUCCACAGUCUUCAUUGACUAAAGAUAAAAUUCCAAUGACCACACAAGCUGAUACAUCAAACACCACAACAGCUGAAGACCAUCGUCGAUCACAAGAUAUUGAUGAUGAGCGCUCAUCUUUUGAAAUAUUAAAAGUUACAACUGUAUCGCAGUUGAGGUUAUUGCCGCACAAUCUGCAUAGCCUAAAAAUUGAAGGAUGUGAAUUAUUAGAGGUCCUUCCAAGUGACUUGCUAGGUCGGUUACCUGUUCUUCGAGAGCUAUAUCUGGUCAGUUGUUCUUCUCUUAGAUCCUUCCCUUACCCUACUUCUUUGGAAACACUUUACAUCCGUAAGUGUAGAACAUUGGAACUUGUUCCAUCAUUAGAGAAGAUUGCCUUUCUCCAGCAUUUGUUCAUAGGGAAUAGUUGUGAUUCACUCACUACCUUGAACCUAAAUUUGUUCCCUAAACUCAAAAUUCUUUGUAUAUGGGAUUGUCACAAUCUUUUAUCAUUAGGUGAAUUUAGUUGUGAUCUAGCAUCACUCGAGUCCAUAGAAAUUAGAGAUUGUACAGGAUUGCGAUCUUUUCCAGAUGAAGGACUACAUACACCAAAUCUAGCAUCCAUGUUCCUUUCCAAUAGCAACAAUCUUACCAAAUUGCCUAAUUCUAUGAACUCUCUCACAUCUCUAAAGUCAUUAUAUAUACAUAGAUGUCCACUCAUUGAAUCAUUUCCACUUGGCGGCUUGCCUUCAAGUUUAACUCUACUCUCCAUUUCUCAUUGCGACAAACUUACACCACGAAAGAAUUGGGGAUUGGAAAAUCUAGAAUCUCUCACUCAUUUUGAGAUUGAAGGUGGAUGCAUAGGCAUGGAAACCUUUCCAGCCGAGAAAAUACUUCCUCGAAAUAUCAUUUCUCUGCGCAUCAGCAAAUUAAAGUGUCUGCGGAAACUUGACUACAAUGGCUUUCAACACCUGAAUGCACUUCAUACACUCGAAAUUAAUAGUUGUGAGAUACUACGGUCCUUGCCGGAACAAGGGUUUCCUUCCUCCUUAGAGCAAUUCAGUAUCCAAGAAUGUCCAAUGUUGACUCCAAGGCUUAAACCCAAAAUAGGAAAGGAAUGGCACAAGGUGGCUUGUAUCCUGCACAUACAAAUUGAUGGCCAAGUACUAUCUUGAGCUGAUCUGUGCCUAAGCUAGGCAUUCUGGUUGGUGGAUUAAAUAAUCAGUACAUGUGUAAUUUGGUUCUAACCAUUUGUUAUAGUGAGCAACUCUUAGUAUAAAAUGAGUUUCUGAUUAAGCUUCCUUCAGAAUCUAUUUUUUUAUUUUUUGGUCGUCAUUUUAGUAAAGAGAAAGAAAAAAAUAUGGUCUUGUUCUUCAUAUCAUAUAUUCAUAUUUUGUUCACCUAGAUUGUGCAUAAUGGUAAACAACAUUUUCAUCAUUUGAUUUACAUUGUUAUAUUAGAGAGCAUUGUACAUAAUAUUAUCACAUGUUAUACAAUUGAUUAAAAUUUCUUUGUUCUCUGUGAUUUAAUUUGGUUUUUAUGUUAGGUACUGUCUCACAAAAAGUAGGGGUGGCGAAGCGGGCAAGCCCGCCCUAUUUAGGCUAGUCUUGUUUAAACCCGUCUAAAAGUAGGACGAGACAAGACGGGCCAACUUAGGUGGCUGAGUCUAAAAUCACAUCCGUCCCGUUUAUUGGCGGACAAGUGAGUUGGCGGGCUGAUCCGUCAAACAAAAAGUUUUUUUUUUUAUUUUGACAAUUGUGUCGUUAAAAAAAAACUUCUUAAAAUGCAUAUGUGUAUCUGUAUCAUAGCUUGCUGGUGGCUGAAGACUCGUAAAAAAGAUUUUAAUUUUGAUUUGAAUAUGUGGUGGUUGAACUCUUUGGCUUGUUUAGGGUUGUGCCUCGGUUAAGAUGGUGAUUACAUGUCUUUAUUUUUAUAUGUUAAACUUUUGUUUUUGUUUUUAUUUGAUAAACUUCUUGUAUUUAUUUUGGUUAGGUACACCUUGUGUUUAACUUGUUUUUA